CUUUACCGCUGGUUGCGUCCGACGCGCGCUUCACGCAGUCGGAGAGUCAGUCUGUGCGUGUCUCCAGAGUGACCGCACGGGGUGAUUACACGGCGUGGACGGGCGAAAAAAAAAAAUGUUUUUUACACUAAAACAUAAGCAUCAAAUAGAAGGAUAGUAAGUUACUGUGAAGGCACGGUUGCUGCAAAAGCACCACCUCUAUGCGCCUUCAUCCCCGUGUGGAUCCCAAAAAGUCUCGGGCCUUUCAUGGACCACUGCCUGGAAGUGACAACCGGCAGGAAGUAACAGCCAUGGAUGUUGCUCCCAUCCCUCCACCUCUGAUUCCUCCUCCACCUCCUCCUCCACCACCUCCACCUCCACCACCUCCACCACCUCCAGCUCUGGUGAGCCGGCGUGGCUCUGUGCAAAAGCAGCGGCUUCGCAACCUGAACUGGGAGCGCAUUCCUAAGGAGCGUGUGGAAGGUCGGAAGAGCGUGUGGAGCGGUGCGCUGACCGCCGAUGAGGACGAUGACUUCACUAUUGACUUGCGUUCCUUGGAUGAGCUGUUUUGUAAGAAGGAGGCACAGAAAAACGAGAGUUUUUGUUUAACCGCCGUGCGCCACUGCCGGUCCUCACAGAAAACCGGCACUGAGAAGGUUUCCCUGCUCGAUCCAAAGCGCAGCAUGAACGUUGGAAUCUUCCUCCGCCAGUUCAAAAUAGCAGCAAAUGAAAUUGUGGAGGAUGUGAGGCAAGGAGCCGGGGAGCGCUAUGGGGCAGAGAAACUGGCCGAGCUCUGCAAACUGCUGCCUGACGCUGAAGAGGAAGCUCGAUUAAAAAGGUUUAACCGAGACCGCAGUUUGCUAAGAGAGCCAGACCUCUUCAUCAUUUUACUGAUAGAUGUAAGAAAUGUCCGCUUGCGUCUAGAUGCCAUGAUCCUGCAGCAGGAGUUCGACCCCGCAGUGACCUCUCUGUGUGUGGCGGCCAGAUGUCUGGGGGAGGCAGCUCGAGAGCUUCUCAGUUGCCACAAGCUACACUCCAUCCUGCGUCUGGUGCUGAGGGCAGGGAACUACAUGAAUGCGGGAGGCUAUGCAGGGAACGCGGCUGGCUUUAGGAUCGCCUCGCUGCUCAAAUUGGCCGACACCAAAGCCAAUAAACCAGGCAUGGACCUCCUACAUUUUGUCGCCAUGGAGGCUGUAAAGAAAGAUGAAGAUCUACUGACGUUUCCCAGCCAACUAAGCCAUGUCAGUGCAGCAUCACGGCUAUCAGAAGAGACUGUUCUGGAGGACCUGUCUCGUCUACACAGUAGAGUAGAGACACUGCAAAUCAGCGUCCAGACAGAUUUAGAGAUGGAAGAGCAGAUGAGACCGUUCCUAGAGACAGCCAAAGUGAGGCUGAUGGAAGCUGAGGAAGAGGUGGAAAGCUUGCGCAAGACCAGCCAGGCCUUGGUGGAAUUCUUCUGUGAAGAUGAAAGCUCCUUUAAAUUGGAGGAGGCCUGUCACAUCUUUCACUGCUUCAGCCAUCGCUUCCAAAAAGCUGUACGGGAGAAUGCUGAGCGUGAGCUGCAGGAGCAGAGGCGUGCAGAGCGGCAGCGGGAGAACCUGGAGAAGCGGCGUUCGCUUCCAGUCUGUAGCGGCUCUGAACUUGACGACCUGGAGCGCACACUUGAGAGAAACCUGAGCUACACUUGGAGCCGCCGAAGCCUCCGCCGACAACCACAACGCUUUCUCAGCUUUCAGGAAAAAACCUCAGACCCCGGUUCCCUUCAGAGCGAAGACCUCCAACAGGUCCUCGUUUCAGAGGAUAACAGUACAAAUUCUCCGCUUAGAAGUCAUUCACUGAAGGAAUGUAUUAAUACCACUAGUUAUUUAAAUGAAAUUAAAAUGGACUCCAUGCUAGAGGAAUGUGUGUUGCAAACUGACGUUGAUGGAAAUACGGCAGCUAUGCCACUUCCUGUUGUUACAACACGAGAGCAGGGAAUGGACACGUCACCCGUCAUGAGACUAAACUCUAACAAGGUAAUGAAAGUUGAAACACAGAUUAACAAAGCUCCUGAAAGGGUAAAGCAUGUAGAGACGGACACAGUAGCAGAAACUAGCUGUAUUAAAGCUAGCACACAUGAACUGCCAUCUGACAGAGUGGGCAAUCAGUCUAAAGACAAGAUCUCACAGGGAUCCUGUCAUUUAGAAAUCUCACCUCAACUGGCACAGGAAGCUGGGCCAAUCAGCCCAGAGAAAGAGCGACUCUACCCACGGGUGGGAGAGACCUUGGAAUGCCAUACUCUAGUCAAGGGUCUGCGCUCAUAUGAAGCUCUUUCACCCACAGGACAACGGACAGCACCGAGCCACUGCUCAAAAUGGAAAAAAGAGCUUGAGGCUGAAGAAAGAGAUGGUGCAAACCUGCCCCAAUCUAAGGAUGACUUGCAUGCUUCUAAAACACCUAACAAAAGUCCCUCGAAAAGGGGACUGGCUUCACAAUCCGGGUCUUGUAACAGCUCCGGCAUUCCAAAAGCACGUCCCAAGCCAGAGCCAAGUUCAGCUGAGGGACCAGCAACACCUCGUGGAUUGCGUUUAACCCCAACACGCUCGGUCUCCUUACGCUCGUCACCGGUCACGCGGCCCAGCAAUGUCCAGGCUGAGUUGAAGCGCAGCAUUAGCACUAGGGAUAAAACAAGUACCCAGUCUGAUACACUGGGAAGGCAGAACUGCCCAGUUGCUGAAAAACCCAGCCCAGAGAACAAGAAGACACUUCCCAGUCAGCACAACCAGCAGUUAGUAAGGGGUUCACCCUUGCGCGUUUCUAAGCGGGUUGCGCCCCAGUCAGAAUCCCAGAGCCCGAGUCAGACCCGCACCAUCCAUAGUCCAACUGCAGCUAUUAACAAAAAGGCCGUCCGGACUGCAGUCAUCAAUGCAGCCAAAGCCAAAUCAGCCAAGAAUGCAGACACUGUGUCCUCUAAGACAACACCAGGCACACGGUCUCCUGGCCCUAAAAUUCCACGACCUGCCGCCCAGCCCAUGUGGAGAUGAUGUUUGACCUCCCAAUGUUAAUCUUUUUUUUUUUUUUGUUUACCAAAUGACUGACUGCUAGACAUAUCUGUGUCUGUUUGUGUCUUUAAGGUGAUUUUAGGGUCAUUCUGUAUACAGGUAUUUGUACUAAAAGCAAGAGGGAUUGAAUAAACCUGUGUUCUUUGUUGGA